AGAUGACCAUUGAGCGGUACAUGUGUACGCAAAUCAACACUGAUCAAUUAGAAUGAAUAAAUACAAUAUUUGACCGUAUAGAGCUUAAUGAUGGCGGAGAAGAGACAUUGUGAAGGAAGGACAGGAGAUAAGGGAAAUGACAUUAAAAGAAAGCAACUGAAGACAAACAAUUCGGCUGGCACUAGAAGCGACAUUUCUGAUGACACCAGUACAUGUAGUAAGUCCGACAUUACCGAGCAUCAGUCUGGACAUGAAGAUCGACCUCUGACCCCUGAUCCGUUAUCAGAUUUAACAGAGAAUCAACGUGUUGUUCUCUACACUCUGAACUUGUGUUAUGUUGGUAAUGAUUAUCAUUCUAUCGAUCUGGAUGAUGAUGACGACGUGUCUAUGGGAGACAUUGAUGUCAGGAAGACAUUGGAGGAGCUGGAGGACAGAGGACUGUUAUAUGUCAGAGAAUCGUAUCACAUGCACGGAACUCGGUAUUGCAUCCCAUUUGGCAGACAAUAUGAGAUAGAAGAAUCUUACAAACAGAACUGUCUGUUGAGUGACAUAGACAAAGACUUCCUUAUACAUGUGGCCUCAGAUCUCUCCUUACGUCGUUAUAUAACAGAGUCCCGUAUCUUAAACCGUGAUGUUUCAAGUCCACAAGCCAGUAGUUCUAUAACAUUAAUGAGACUGAUGACGGAGGGGAGGAUGGCUGCAGUACUACAAGUUAUGAGAGAUUUUGCCGCUUACGUGAGAUGUCACGAGAGAUUCUCCAACAUUUUCCAACUUCUACGUCAGACUUUGGUAUAAAAAGGAGAGGUUCAAAGAAUUUUUCCUCUUCUGCUAGGAACACAUCUUUAGAGAAGCUGUGUUUUAGGAAUCAGGAUUUAGAAGUUAACAUUUAUGCCUAAGAAUAACUUUUUAAUUUUAUUUUAAGAAGAACCAGGGAUAUUUCAGCACAUUUUAGGAACUUCUGGAAUAUAUGUGGAAUUUGAUAGGAAUUUUGAUUAAUUUUAGUGAUUUUUCAUCGAGGAAUUCAGAGUUUCCGAAAACCAAAAAUUUCUAUCAGUCAUUCGGACUGAUGACUCAAUGUGUUCUACCAGUCCGAAGCAAAUUCUAUCAGUCCGAAUAAAUUUUAGUAUAUUUCAUGAUGUAAUUCGAAAGAAAAUGGCAUUGGUUUAUAGUACUCAAAUUGAGUGUGUAAAUCUUUCCACGGAUCAUUACAACACCGAUUGUGAGACCACGGGUAUGCAAUUACAUUGUAAAAAGUUCAAACACUAGCCCAUGGGCUAGUGGCAGCAAUAAAGUUGCUAGCCCCAAGUAAAAAGUUGCUAGCCGAAAUGUAGGAGUGGGGGAGUAACAACUAAUAUGAAAAAGUAGUUUAUUGUUUGAAAAA